AUGAUACAAAUUAUUGCCAUCAAAGGCAGGGAAAUAGCCUCAAUGGCGUGGUGGCACACGGUCCUGCUUUUCUUCCUCUUUUGUUCUUACUGCGCGAGCGGCCAGAUCACUUAUUCUAUUCCCGAGGAAAUGGAGAAAGGGUCGAGGAUCGGAAACAUUGCUCAGGAUUUAGGUUUGGAUUUAAAAAGACUGAAAUCGGGGAAAUCACGUAUAUUUUCUAGUGACAGCGCAGCAUACGUGGAACUGAACAAAGAAAACGGAUUGCUUCUCAUUAAAGAGAAAAUAGACCGGGAGUCUCUUUGCGCAAAAAUAACUCCCUGCGCGCUUCAUCUCCAAAUGAUUCUGGAAAACCCGAUGGAGUUAUAUUCUGUUACAGUGGAGAUCACGGAUAUAAACGACAAUGCUCCUAAUUUUCAGAACAAUGACAUGAGGUUUGAAAUAAGCGAGUCAGCAAUGAUCGGUGCCAGAUUUGUGCUCGGUAAAGCUGCUGACCCGGAUGUUGGAAUAAACGGACUUCAGAGAUAUUCCCUUAAACCCACAGAUAAUUUUGUGUUGGAUAAACAAGGAGAUGUAACGAAGAUUGUGGAGAUGGUGCUACAGAAGCCCCUAGAUCGAGAAAAGCAAGCGACCAUAGAUCUGACGCUGACUGCUUAUGACGGAGGAGAACCACAGCUAUCUGGCACGAUGUAUAUACAUAUAACGGUAGUGGAUGCUAAUGAUAAUGCUCCGAUAUUUAAUCAAAAAAAUUAUAAGGCUUCAAUUUCAGAGAAUGCGAUCAAAGGCACCAAAUUAAUAACAGUAAGUGCUUCUGACGCAGAUGAAGGCUCAAAUAGUCACGUGACAUAUGUCAUAUCUGACGCAAUAGACAGAUCUGUAGCCAGUAGCUUUCUUGUAGAUGAGAAAAGUGGAGAUGUUACAUUAAAUGGUCAGAUUGAUUAUGAAAAAUCAAACAUUUACGAGCUUGUUAUUCAGGCCAGAGACACAGGAGGACACUCUGACACAUGUAAGUUAAUUAUUGAUGUCUUAGACAUAAAUGAUAAUAAACCAAUUAUUGAUGUUCUUUCUAUGUCUAGUUCUGUAUUAGAGGAGUCUAAGCCCCAUACUGUGGUUGCCAUGUUGAAAGUAAAUGAUCCAGAUUCAGGAGCAAAUGGACAGGUUCACUGCAUGAUUAAUGAUAAUAUUCCCUUUACUAUCAAUUCACCAUCAAACAAUUUCUUUACUCUAGUCACAGAGGAUGAAUUAGAUAGAGAGAAAGAAGCUGAGUAUAACAUCACUGUGACUUGCUCUGAUGAAGGAGUUCCCUCACUGUCCAGCAGCACUUCUCUCCGUUUACACAUAUCAGAUGUUAAUGACAACGCGCCUGUUUUUGAGAGAAAUAAUUACGAGGCCUAUGUGGUGGAGAACAACACACCAGGUCUCUCUAUAUUCACAGUAAAGGCCAGUGACGCAGACUACAACCAGAAUUCUCGAGUGUCUUAUAUUUUAGAAGAGAGCACCGUCAAUGGACUUCCUGUGUCAUCGUAUGUGUCAGUCAGCGCUGAUAGUGGAGUCAUUAACGCCGUGCGCUCUUUCGACUACGAGCAAUUAAAGGACUUCCAUUUCCGUGUCAGAGCGCAGGACGGAGGCUCCCCUCCACUCAGUAGUAACGUGACAGUAAAACUUACAAUCCAAGAUCAGAACGACAACGCUCCUCAGGUCCUCUACCCAGUACAGACCGGUGGCUCUGUGGUGGCUGAGAUUGUGCCUCGUUCAGCAGAUGUGGGUUAUCUGGUCACUAAAGUGGUGGCUGUUGAUGUGGACUCUGGACAGAACGCCUGGCUCUCCUACAAACUCCAGAAAGCCACAGACAGGGCGCUGUUUGAAGUGGGAGCGCAGAAUGGAGAGAUACGAACUGUGCGUCAGGUCACCGAUAAAGAUGCCGUAAAACAAAAGCUCACUGUAGUUGUGGAGGAUAACGGACAGCCGUCUCGCUCAGCUGUAGUUAACAUCAAUGUAGCUGUAGCGGACACUUUCCCUGAAGUGCUCUCAGAGUUCACAGACUUUACGCAACACAAACAAUAUAAUGACGACCUCACCUUUUAUUUAGUGUUAGCAUUAGCUGCUGUUUCUUUCCUUUUCAUCACGACUGUAGUAGUUAUAAUCUCAGUAAAGAUCUACAGGUGGAGACAAUCGCGCAUCUUCUAUCAGUCCAAUCUCCCAGUUAUUCCGUACUAUCCACCCGGUUACACAGACACAGGAGUUACUGGAACUCUGCCGCACAUGUAUAAUUAUGAUGCUUGUAUGACGACUGACUCGAGGAAGAGUGACUGUAAAUAUUCUACACUCGGAGGACAGAGUGUUUUAGUCAUGGACCGCAGUUUUACAGAAACUAUGCAGCGUGCCAUGAGGGAAAAAGAAUUCCAUCAAGAUUUAGAGUCACCGGAAGUGGUAAGGAAAUAA